GGCCGCCAUUUUGUUUGGCCGCCGCGGCUGGGGGCCGGGGAGGUUCGCUCAUUUCCGGGUUGGCGGAGGCAGGAGGCCCCGGUGCGGAGCGAGCGGCGGCGGCGGCGGCUCCGGUUACCACCCUAGCGCGGCUUGAUACAAAUCAGGAACAAAAAGUGAAUUAGCUGGUAUAUGAGGGACCAAACGCUCCACGGACGCUAAGCAGACUGAGCCAGCCAGGAGUGGGAAAGGAUGCCAAUACCUCCUCCCCCUCCACCGCCUCCUGGCCCCCCUCCACCGCCAACCUUUAAUCAGGCAAACACCGAGCUCCCGAAGCUGAGCCGAGAUGAGCAGCGAGGUAGAGGAGCCCUGCUCCAAGAUAUCUGCAAAGGGCCCAAACUGAAAAAGGUGACGCAGGUCAAUGACCGGAGCGCUCCAGUCCUGGAGAAGCCCAAGGGAGGAGGCGGCGGCGGCAGCAGCGGGUCCAGUUCAGCAGCGCUCCAGCCCAAAGGGGGCCUCUUCCAAGGGGGCGUCCCUAAGCUCAGACCCGUAGGAGCGAAGGACAACUCAGACAGCUCCUCUGGCAAGCAGUCGCUUCAGGUUCCUGGCUCCAGAUCAGCAGCCCCAAGACCCCCGGUGCUUGUGACCAACAGCCGACCUCAUGAUGACUCCGACAACAACCGGGCUUCCCCUCCCGAGCUUCCCCGGAUGCAGAGACCCUCCUUGCCUGACCUUUCCCGGCCCAACAGCGCAGGCAGUACUGGCAUGAAACACAGCUCGUCUGCCCCUCCACCCCCGCCUCCAGGCCGCCGAGCCAACGCACCCCCCGCACCUCCUCCGAUGCAUGGCAGCAAAGCGCCUUCCUACAACCGGGAGAAGCCGUUACCACCAACUCCAGGACAGCGGCUCACCGCAGGCCGGGAUGGCCCCCCAGCACCGCCCCCCCUUCAAGCCCCCCCAUCCCCAGUGAAUGUCCGAACGGGGCCAAGUUCUCAGAACCAGUCUCUAGCUCCCCCUCCGCCCCCCUAUCGGCAGCCCCCCGGCGUUCACAAUGGCCCUUCCAGCCCUAUCAACGAGCUGGCCCCGGAGCUGCCCCAGAGACACAACUCUUUGCAUAGGAAAACCCCGGGCUCCGUGAGGGGCAUGGCCCCUCCUCCACCCUCUUCGGCCUCCCCGUCACUCCAGAGCAAUCGACCCCCUCCGCCAGCCCGAGACCCUCCAAGCAGGGGAGCAGCCCCCCCACCCCCGCCCCCGCUGAUGCGGAAUGGUGGUCGUGAUGCUCCCCCGCCCCCGCCCCCCUACAGAAUGCAUGGGUCAUCGGAGCCUCCGAGUCGAGGGAAACCUCCGCCCCCACCUACCAGGACACCUGCUGGGCCGCCCCCUCCACCUCCACCCGUGCGAAAUGGGCACAGAGAUUCCAUUGCCACCAUGAGAUCUUUCUUGGAUGACUUUGAGUCCAAAUAUUCCUUUCAUCCAGUCGAAGACUUUCCAGCUCCAGAGGAGUAUAAACACUUCCAGAGAACUUAUCCCAGCAAAACGAACCGAGCAACACGGGGGGCCCCGCCGCUGCCUCCCAUCCCCAGGUGAAGUCCAGCUGCACUGCCUGGUUGCUCCUUGGCGAGGAGACAGACCUCCUCUCCUUUCCUUGAAUGGACUUUCCCUCCUGCCCCUAGGAACCUGCAUGAGAAGCUCCCAGUGUCUUGUUUUGUUUUUCCAAUGGUGCAAGGAACAAACAAACCCGGAUGAAUCCCCUCUCACCUCCAUCUAUGCAUUCAUACCUGGACUUACCUGGGUGAGUCCCUUCCUCCACUUUAUAGCUGCAGAUCCACGGGCCGCGCUGGAAAGAGGCUUCCUGCGCCACUCUGCAGAUCUGUGCAAAAAGACUCUCCUGGUCCACAAAGUUAAUAUAACGUAGGGUGAACUCCAAGCAAGAAAGCCAGUGUGUGAUGGCUUUGGGGCCAGAAACCAGCGUGGUGUGGCCAGUACCCCCCGGUGCUCCAUGCUAGGGCAGGGGCAUGUGGGGUGGGGCGUCAGAUUUGGAGAAGGGAGGGCGGGAAAGGGCCCGGGGGGGAAGGGGGUGUCAGAUUUGGAGACGGGAGUGUAGGAAAAGGGAUGGGUUUUUGAAAAGCGGAAUGUCUAGAACACUAUUGGCUGAGAACACUAUAUACUGAUCAGGUCAGCUAAAGCAACAGGGUGCAGGAAGAGUUUAAACUAACAUGGUUAUUUACCCAGACACAGCAACUGCCAUUUCCCCCCAUGGAUACAGCGAAGGGGACCCUACUGUCCCAAAGGAACACGGGCACACUGGGCGGAGCAAAUGCUAGCUCAGGGCAUGCUAUCCCAGCCGUUCCAGAGGGACUGACCCCUGGCUGGAACAUGCAGGCUGUUUGUGGGCCGUGUUCUGUCUGGGGAUGCUGUCCAUGGCUGCGUGGCCCUUCCUCAGAGCGCAUUGUUGUAACAAAUAGGGCACUGCUAGAUUUCCCCUCCUCCCCCCGGAAGAGAAUUUGACAAGGCUAAUCAUUCCUGGUUUUUUAACCUGGUAACAGCAGCUGCAAGCAUCUCCAGCUUGCCCCCUGGUUACGAGACGGAUGGUAGCUAGCGGCCUGUGGUGUCGGAGCUUGCUGUAUUGGGAGCGGUCAGUUUAAUCAGACCGAUGGGUUCCUGCAAAAUGCUGUCUCUGCUCCCGAUGGGUGGCAUGGCCCUUCAUGCCCUGCUGGGUACUCUGAUUUUAAUGCUAAAUGACCAGAUUUAUCAUUUGAACAGGAAGACUAUCAUCGUUGUAAUGUUAAUAAGCAAAAAAUAUGGAAACCCUGCUAAAUAGGUUUUAAUCUGUGGGGGGGAGAUCAGGGUCCUCGUGCUCUGACUGUGGGUUGCCUGGCUAGAGAGAGUGUUUUCACACUAUUUCUAAUGGGGGGGAUUGCCUCGUUUGGCCAAACUAGCUAAUGACUGUUCAGAUUCCAUGGUUUCUAACAAUAAUCCAGUACCUAGCUGUUGUUUUGCCUUAUACACUACUUCUGUCCUCCUGUUGGUACCAGAUUGAUGAUUAUUCUGUAUAUUUACUCUCUAACCAGGAGGGGUUACAUUAAUCAUAGUUACUGAUCUAUUUUGUAUGUUGUAAAAAGCUUGUAAUAUAGGAUUAAGGUGGGCUUGUUGCAAGUAUACUAAAAUCCUCACCUUUAAACUGCUCUUUUUCUAUGAUGAUGGAAAUGUAUCCUUUUUAUGUUAGAACUAGGCAGCACUCAUGUUGAGGACCACUGCCCGGUUACAGGAAAUUUUGGGUUUGUUUUUUGUUUUUCUGGAGGAAAAAUAUCUGCCCAGCUUAGCUGGUUGGAAGAGAAGUUAAUGCACUGUGCAUUUUUGUUUAAAUAAAUUUUAAAAAAGGAAAAAAAGUAUUUCCCUGUAAUGUUCGCUUCCUGUGAGUCUUGUUUUGGAAGCAGAGGGGGUUUUUUUUAAAGGAAAAAAUAAAAACCAAUAAGCUUGAAAUUGCAUUUAAAUAAAAAUAAUAAAGAUGCACCUCUGUUCAAAUCGCAACUUCUGGGCCAAAGCACUUUGCUAUUAGGUGUUUCGAAUGUUGUCUUGUAUAUGUUUUGUGGUACUUCCACUGCUCGUCGGAGACCUGUUAGCGUUUCCUUCAUCACCCUGCUGUGGUGUCUGUAUGCCUUGGUCAUUUAUCGGUCGGUGGGGAAACGCAGGCGGAACCAGCUUUGUAGCAAUGCGGGGAGUAUCCAAGAUGGUUCGGCCAAACUGGUCUGUGACUCAUCAAAGGAUGCUGCUAAUGGUAGAUCACAGGGAGCCCUUAAAGGAGGCAUAGACUUGUUUGGGUGGGGAAGAGGGGCAGAAGGAAGAACAGGAAGAUACCACUGUAUGGCAAUGUGAUGCUUCCUCAACUAGCCUGACUUAAGUGUGCUUAAUGUCAGCUUUGCUUAACGUAACAUGGGGUUUGCUUGAUUUUUUUUUUUCCUGACUGCUUGAAAUGGGGCCCUUGAGCCUGGGCUUUUUGUAGUAAUAGACACUGCACCAACGAGGAGGUGUGUCCACCCCCAAGAGGUGAGCAAUCAGUUUGGAUGCUCCAGCUAGCAAGGCUCUGCUGUGCCCUCUUUGGGAUCACAGGGAUCGGCUGGAAACAAACUUCCUAACAGUCCUGUUUUUCGUAGUCUUGCAUUGUACCUGGAGCAGCUCCGAAGGGCUGCAGAAGGGAGAGGCUCAGUGGGUCUUCAGUGAGAGACCAGUCAAUGGAUGUAAAGAAAACGAAAAACGUUCUCCAUUCAUGCUUACGGUGCCUUACCUGUGUCCAAAGCAUUUCGGACUCCUCUCCUUGCGCUUCGCGGACUGAAACAAUUCAGCAUGCAUAUUCCCACCACUGAGAUUUGUUUUUCCUUUCACCUGUUUGGUCCUAUUUUAAAUCCCAAGUUCGUCUUGACUGCAGCGCCACUGGGAGGAAGGGUUCCAGUUUCUUGAGUCUCUCCCACUGCAGCCGCUCCUCAGCUUGGAAGAGCUCAAGUAUUCGACAGCCCGUUGUAUAAAUGGACCAGAUCUGACCUGUGUGUGGAGUCCGCAUGAUUUUUAUAAUUUAUUGUAUGAUGAUUUUUUUUUGUUACAUUUUGCUGCAAGACUGUAGCCAUCUCUAAAGGUUUGACUUCUCCCUUGGAGGGAUGUGUACUGUAGCUCAGAUUCUGGUCUAAUUUUGUAUGUUUCUUCCUGUCUCUGCUACAUGCAAUUCUUUAAACCUCACUAUUAAAAUAAUAAUCCCAA